CAAGACGGUCUGUUGUGUUAUCUUUUCCCCAAUCACCAUGGCGUGGGUCAGGGGCCGGUCAUGUGACACCGCUUCAUUACGGCGGCUUUACUCCUGCGGAUGGACAUUACUGUAGCCGCCUGUGCUGACACUCUUGAGCCGUAGUGGCUCCACCUUUAAAAAAAAAAAAAAAAAAAAAAAACGAUGUCAGCUUUCAUGCAGUUUUUUUUUUUUUUUUGCAUUGACGUCAGCGCAUACGGCACAAAACAGAGGCUUUCUUCACAUUUCCUAUGCUGCCGCGGUCAGAUUAUGUACACAGCAGCCAGACGAUGGUACCGAUCUUGAGGCAGCCUGACUGCGACAGCUGCUGAUUUGUCUCCCAUCACUUCGAAGAGGACACGGUGUCCAAGGAUACCCGCAGCACGACCCCCGUUGCCCGGUGUGCCGCCCGAACACAAACCCACCACGGCGGCGCCAGCCAUCAUGAUGGAGGGGGGCAUGCAGCUGCUCAACCGCGAUGGGCACAGCAUCUCGCACAACUCCAAGCGGCACUACCACGAUUCCUUCGUCUCCAUGAACAGGAUGCGACAGCGCGGCCUGCUGUGUGACAUCGUGCUCCACGUCUCCAACAAAGAGAUCAAGGCGCACAAAGUGGUGCUGGCGUCUUGCAGCCCUUACUUCCAUGCCAUGUUUACCAAUGAGAUGUCUGAGAGCCGGCAGACUCACGUGACCCUCCAUGACAUCGACUCUCAGGCGUUGGAGCAGCUCGUCCAGUACGCCUACACGGCAGAGAUCGUAGUCGGGGAAGGAAACGUGCAGACCCUUCUUCCAGCAGCGAGCCUGCUGCAGCUCAACGGGGUGAGAGACGCGUGCUGCAAGUUCCUCCUCAGCCAGCUGGACCCCUCCAACUGCCUGGGCAUCCGAGGCUUCGCAGACACGCACUCCUGCAGCGACCUGCUCAAGUCGGCGCACAAGUACGUGCUGCAGCACUUUGUGGAAGUGUCCAAGACAGAGGAGUUCAUGCUGCUGCCCCUGAAACAGGUCCUGGACUUGAUCUCCAGUGAUAAUCUAAAUGUGCCAUCUGAGGAGGAGGUGUACCGGGCCGUGUUGAGCUGGGUGAAGCAUGACAUAGACGGACGCAGGCAACACGUGCCUUGGCUGAUGAAGUGUGUGCGGCUGCCUCUGCUGAGGCGAGACUUCCUGAUGAGCAACGUUGACACUGAGCUGCUGGUGCGUCACCACUCGGAGUGCAAAGAUCUGCUGAUCGAGGCUCUCAAGUACCACCUGAUGCCCGAGCAGCGGGGAGUCCUGAGCAACAGCCGGACACGCCCUCGACGCUGUGAGGGCGCCAGCCCUGUGCUCUUUGCCGUUGGCGGGGGGAGCCUUUUUGCUAUCCACGGAGACUGUGAGGCCUACGACACCAGGACAGAUCGCUGGCAUAUGGUGGCAUCUAUGUCCACAAGGCGCGCACGAGUCGGCGUGGCAGCCAUCGGGAACAGGCUCUAUGCUGUCGGAGGGUAUGAUGGCACCUCAGACCUCGCAACUGUCGAGUCCUACGAUCCCAUCACCAACUCCUGGCAGCCCGAGGUUUCCAUGGGAACGAGGCGGAGUUGUCUGGGUGUAGCUGUGCUCCAUGGCCUGCUGUACGCUGCGGGGGGUUAUGAUGGCGCUUCCUGUCUCAACAGCGCUGAGCGUUACGACCCUCUGACCAGUACAUGGACGUCGAUUGCUGCCAUGAGUACCAGACGGAGAUAUGUUCGAGUAGCAACUCUGGACGGGAGCUUAUAUGCGGUGGGAGGCUACGACAGCUCCUCACAUCUGGCAACAGUGGAGAAAUAUGACCCGCAGAGCAACGCGUGGACUGCCAUCGCCAACAUGCUGAGCCGGCGCAGCAGCGCUGGGGUGGCCGUGCUGGACGGCAUGCUGUACGUCGCGGGAGGCAACGACGGCACCAGCUGCCUGAACUCAGUGGAGCGAUUCAACCCGAAGACGAACACCUGGGAAGGAGUCGCCCCGAUGAACAUACGCAGGAGCACCCAUGACCUGGUGGCUAUGGACGGGUGGUUAUACGCCGUGGGAGGCAACGACGGCAGCUCAAGUCUUAACUCGAUCGAAAAGUACAACCCGCGCAGCAACAAGUGGGUCGCGGCCUCCUGCAUGUUCACGCGGCGCAGCAGCGUCGGCGUGGCCGUGCUCGAGCUCCUCAACUUCCCGCCGCCUUCCUCGCCCACCCUCUCGGUGUCCUCCACCAGCCUUUGACACGGGGUCACCGUUUGGCUGACGUCGGCCGCCGCUGCUACGGCCCAGACUGGAUCUGGGAAGAGACGCAACUGUUCGGUGUGAGACGCAGAGGAGGAAGAGGAGCACAUUGGGGAGGGGGAGCUUAAUGAGGCCUCUGUAUUAGGUACAGUACACUCCAGAAUUAUUAGCACUCUUGGUAAAAUGCUAACCAGACAUGCUUCACUUGGUCCUACAACAUUAAUAAUGAACAAAUAUCUAAAGAUAAAGGGAUUUAAAAAAUUAUAUAAUAUAAACUUUAUUCUGUAAUAAAUACAUUUUAUUUUAUUUACUGUAAAUCAUUGUGAGAUUUUCCCUUUUUUUUUAAAAUCUCUUUUACCACAUUGCUGGUAGCUCUGAACUGCACCGUAUCUGGCCUGGAUGCCUGACAGUCCCCUGUAUAUCACAGCCGUACUCUUCAAAACUUUAAAAAGAAAUAAAAGAAGAAAAAAAAGGUGCGCCCACCUGGAUAAGUGUUUGACACACAUAUCAUAGAACAAGGCAGGCACCUAAUUCUGUAGUGUGUGCUGUAACUUAUUGGGCUAGAUGUCGUCGUUCUCUGCAAAGUUUUCUUUUUUUUUUUCUUUCAUGUCAGGAGUUGUUUUUAUUUUUUACAAUAAUAUAUAAAAUAAAUAGAAACUGAAUGACUUAACUUUUGGAAUGUGGCUUUUUAGUGGUCGUACCAUGCAUGUUUACCUGUCGGCACAGACCUCCCCCACUCCAGAAAAAAAUAAAAAUAAAAAAAGAUGAGGAAAUGUAGUUGUAGUGCUGCUAGGCCACGCUAGGUGGCAGCAACGGUUAAAAGCACUGCAAGAAAGCAUGGACACAGACCACAAACAAGCUUGGCCCUACAGGACUGUAAAUGAGUCUGGAUCUUUAUUUAUAUUAAAAGAACGAAUAAUACAGAAGCAUAUGUAUUUAUAAAAUCUAAUAUAUUCAGUUUUAAAGAUACUCAGAGAAAGAGACGGAUCCAAGCGAUGACUAUUUAAGAGUGUUUAAAUAUAUUUAUUUAAGCGUGUGUCAUGAAUGGAAAUGACAAAUAAGAAUGUCUCGGUCUGAGAGAGGUUUGUGUGGGUUUACAGUUUAACAGCACCGCUUGCUGGGUUAUGAUGUGCAGCGAUUCAUUUAAAGUAAUGUUUAUUCACUGCCACAUGACCCUGUCUUUCACUUUAUAUCUGAUAGCAUUUAUUCUCUUUGCCUAAUGUAUGUUUCUCAUGCAUUAGGUGCAUUGUUUCCCCCUCAGGGCAGAUGGACUUGUCCUAUUUCAGUUAUUUAGUUUCUCCUCUUCAAAAUCCAUCUCUGUUUUAACCUUGGCUCGACUUUGAGUGUCUGAUCUUGGAGUUGGAAUGAAAAUAUGCAUUCUUACUGCAUAAAUGUUAGGAGGAAGAUCUGCUUUGUCUAAACUGAAUUAUUCACCUCGAAUCAUUUUGGCCUUGUUAGAAGUCCCAGUUCAGUUUGUUUCAUGUGUCGUGCAGUGAUAUCGUUCCAGACUUCUAAGAAGUUGCCCUUUCUCCUUUUUUUUUAAAGGAUUUAGUUUAUCCGUUUUGUUUAUAUUUUACUCCCACUCUAAAACCAACUGUUUCAUUAGUGUGCGGUAGAAUGGGAGCCCUGAUGGCCUUAUAAAAAUGUGAUUAAUCUGUAAAGUGAUAAGUUUAAAAAGCUGCACAAGUUCACAUCAAGACCGAAAGCCUCCAUUCUGUGGAUUGAAAUGUACAUAUAUUGCUCAGUUUCUCAGUUCUGUUUGUGCAAUUUAUAUAUGACUGUAGUAUUUUUCUUUUGUUUUCAUUUUCUAAGUUUGUGGUUGAUGUUGUGGUACUUGUUUAUUUAUGAUACGUUUGUUAUUUAUGACGGACUUUAAUAUGUUGAAUUUUGCACUAUUGCGAAGUGGAGCAAUACCGUACCCUUAAAAAAAGGAAAUAAAGAUGUUUUCAGAUGUGA